AUGAUGAUAAAUCCCAACGAUGCAUCAAGCUUUGCAGGAAGAACACCAAAAUUUGUGGUUGAGGUGUUGUACAACUUCUUUCCGUCCGAUAAGCAACAUUUAACCCUUACUCAAUAUGAAAAGGUGAAGGUCAUUGAGACUCAUGAAAGUAAUUGGUGGAUCGGAGAGAGAGCAAAUGGAGAAGUAGGAUUGUUUCCAGCAAAUUAUGUGAGGAGAGUGGAAGAACAAUUACAAAAAAGAAAACAAAUUGCCAGUCAAUUAGGUUUGGGUGGCUUGGAUCUUGACGACUUACUUUCCGAAGACGACGAUGACGACGAUAUCUUAAUGUCAUCAGAAGAUGAGCAAGAAAACCCCAACACCACGCUCACAAAACAAUCCUCUACUGCUUCGUUAAAAACACAACCUCCUCUUCCUUCUCAACAACAACAGGUCACUACAGGCAAUAUGCAAAAUGCGACUGGAAAAUUUGUCACCGAAGAGGCCUAUGAAAAGAAAAAAAGAAAAGAAUUGCAAGAGGCUCUCCAAAAACAAUUAGAAGACCAAAAAACAAAAACCAGACAAGCAGAAGAAAUUCAAAAACUUAAGGAAGAACUUUCAAAAGCCAAAGCCGAAGUGGAGGAAGCGAGAAAAGUGACCACUCCAAGAACAACACCACGAGGCGCAAAUGCUGUCGGAAGUCAAUCCAUAGACCUAGAAAAGAAACAAAAGAGCUCGAGCGAGACUUUGAAAAAAGAAAAAGAACUGGAAAAAGAAUAUGAAAAGAAACAAAGAGAAUCAGAACAAGAGCUUGAAAAAAAGAAAAAAGAGAUGGAGAAGGAGCUCGAGAAACAAGCAGAAAAAAAGGCAAAGGAAUCGGAAAAACAAAACUCAGCUAACUCUGAAAUGCAAAAACAAUCGAAAAACUGA